AUGACGAGGAAUCAAAACCCAUCGCGGGAUGAUCAAAAGCCACUUUCUCCUGAAGCACGGGCUGCGUUAGAACAAAGAUUAACUGAACUCCGAGCACACGAAUCUCAGAGGAGGGAAACUAGACAUCAAACCGACGCUUCUGUUACUAUGGGUGUUCCAUCUGUGGGAGCAGAAGAUCCCUCAGCUUAUUACAACAGUGACCAUGUAGCCGGUGGUGAUGAUUCUAACGACAGGGAAGAUGAAUCCUUUAUGAACUUUAUUGAGGAUACGUUUCUCAAUGGUGGCAUUUCGUCACAAAGAAAUGCGUCUACGCUAAGUCCUCAGCAAAUGCAAUGUACGCCAGGCGCCACCACACAGAGUCAUCAUUCUAGUGGAACAAAAUGCUUUCUCUCACAAAUGCGAGCUUUCAGAGAUUUUGAAGUGCUUUGGUUUGUGAAGUUUGGUGACAUCACUUCCUUUCAGGAUCAGUGUGCGAAUCUGUCCAUAGACAUCAAAACCUUUUGCGACAAUCAAAAUCGUAACGCGUUGCACUACGCGGCGGAUAAUGGCAGUCUUUCCAUCCUGGAACUGCUUGCAACCCUUGGUGUGCCGUACCUACGAAGUGAAAAAGGGAUGACACCGAUGGAUGUUGCGAUUCUCACAAAUCAAUCCAGUAAGUUCAAAUCUUUGUUGGCUAAAUUAGCGCAAGGUAGCAACCUGUCUCAAGAAGGCAAUUCAGUGAAGGAAGAUGAAAGAAAAACUUUUGAAGAUGUGCGAAAAAAAUUUGCACCAGAGCCACCAAAAUUUGUCAUCAGUCGCCGUCCGCCCACACCUGCUGUCUUCAAACAAAAUGUAUGCGAGCGAUCCUUCUGGAAGUGCCAGCUCGCGAAGGGAAAUGGAAAAGAUGCUGCAGUUCUCAAUUUAGGCGCUAUCACAAAGUCACUAGAUGCCGAGAGUGGGAUUCAUGUAGUGAUUAGUGACUCCAACAACGGCGAUUUAGCUGCAGGCGUUCGCGUUGUAAACCGUCUUUAUACAGGAUGGGGGAUCUCCCGUUUCCUGAGACCGCUAGAUCACGUGGUGAAGAAUGAGAAAGAAAAAGGUAUAGGCUGUAGUGCAUCGAACAAGUUCGUUAUCCUGACCGCUAUCCCGACAGGCGAUACUAUGGACAAGAAUUCCGCAUCUGACCUGCCCGUGGGUGUGAUAGCGAGCAGGCUCCUGCAUGGUGGCCUUGAAGGUGUUGGCGCUGCCACAGAUGUGUCAAGGAGCGGAGGGAAGUCUUCAUUUGCCAUUGUAGGUCAUCUUGCUGUCGACGUGGAACAUCAAGGGAAACAGGUGUCGUCUAUGCUAAUGAAGAGUUUGGGGAAUGAUUUGUUGGUGCAACACGGCUGCACAGCAUUAGCCUUUACCAUGCAAACCCUUAUUCCACAGUUACCGCCUUCGAUCAGUAUGGUCAAGUGGUAUAGGCGCGUACUCAAUGCCAACACAGUCUUCGAGGGCCCGUACGCAGAAGACAUCUUUCCAGAAUUCUACGAUGAGGACGAAGUGCUACGAGCGGACUGUGUGCUUAAGGGUACGCUUGAUCCAAUGCUCCGGAAUACCUAUGCGGAAUCCGUCUCAGAUUGGCGUUUCGUUGAUGGCACGGAUAAGAACCAGUCGCAGGGUGUAUUUGACUUCCUACAUAACCGCGGCAAAGAGGGGUUGGAGCUGGUGUGGAAAUGGCAGUCCGAAGAGGAUCUCUGUUCUGCUUUUUUUCCACCUGAUGGCCAAAAUCGUAUCAAGACAUUGGUGCGGAUAUCAGGGAAUAAGAAUGUGCCGGAGGACUUUAUUGUGUUCCGCUUGCGCCAGAUGCGGCAUCAGAGAAGUCGAAUACCAGAUUUCUCAGCGGAAACAAACGUGGAGGAGGGUGUGUCGGGGGGCCAGGACUCAAUAGUCGUCGUACAGGUGGUGUACGCUCACUUUACAGUACUCAAGGGUGUAGAAAAGAUGUCGCACAUCCUUCUUAUAGCUCAGGAUUUGCUUCAGGCGAAUGUUGUGCUGGUGCCUAAUCUAUUCGGUUUCACAGAGAGUGAUCUCGUCAAAAGCAAUUUUGAUGAAGUAACGAUAUGGCGUGAGAUGCUUUACGUUUUGAGGAAAGAUGAAAGGGAAAAUAAUCAGGGGUCGGAGCCCGCGGCAAGAUUUCUACCACCAAUCCAAGCGUCAAAGAUAUCCCUUCCUAUUUUUCUACUUUAG